GAGAUUUCGACCAAUUGUCUGAACAUCUGUAAUCGAGGUGUUCCUGGUCGCAAACGGUACGCUUCCUUACCAUCACCGACAUUCCUGUUCUCGUGGAGGUCUUAAACCAGGGUUUCUGUUUAUUCCUUGUGAGAUUUUUGUCAGUGGAAACUUUUCGAAUUCCGACGGGCUUCUUUACUUCACCUUUUUUCUGCCUCUUAGUAGUGAAAACACGUCCAGCAUGCCGCUUAGACUUGAUAUCAAACGUAAGCUUGUGCAGCGUUCUGAUAGAGUCAAAGGUGUCGAACUUCAUCCGACGGAACCUUGGAUCCUUGCAAACCUUUACAGCGGUAACGUCUAUAUCUGGAACCAUAUGACCAACUGUCUGGUCAAAUCUUUUGAGGUGACAGAGCUACCCGUUCGUACUGCAAAGUGGGUGUUGAGGAAGUUGUGGAUUAUUUGCGGUUCUGAUGACAUGUUUGUGCGUGUCUACAACUAUAACACCACCGAACUUGUGAAAGCCUUUGAGGCACAUACUGAUUACAUUCGCUGCAUAUCAGUUCACCCUACCUUUCCAUAUAUUUUAACGUGUUCUGAUGACAUGCUCAUCAAACUCUGGGACUGGGACAAGGGCUGGGCUUGCACUCAGGUUUUCGAAGGACACUCUCAUUAUGUUAUGCAGGCAGCAUUUAAUCCUAAGGACACAAAUACGUUUGCGUCUGCUUCAUUGGAUCGUACAAUAAAAGUUUGGUCCAUUGGCCAGAGCUCGCCAAAUUUCACUUUGGAAGGCCACGAAAAGGGUGUGAAUUGCGUUGAGUACUUUGGCGGAGGAGACCGACCGUAUCUCAUAUCUGGCGCCGAUGAUAAGUUUGUGAAAAUAUGGGAUUACCAAACAAAAUCGUGUGUGCAAACACUUGAGGGACAUGCUCAUAAUGUUUCGACAGUAUGUUUCCACCCUGAGCUCCCUGUGAUAAUCUCUGGGUCUGAGGAUGGAACCCUUCGCAUCUGGCACAGUACCACGUAUCGCUUAGAAAAUACGCUGAAUUAUGGUUUGGAGCGCGUCUGGGCGAUCGGUGUGAUGAAGGGAUCUAAUGCUGUAUCGAUAGGUUACGACGAAGGAACUGUAAUGUUCAAAAUUGGUCGUGAGGAUCCUGUCGCUUCUAUGGACUCUAGCGGCAAGAUAAUUUGGUCGAAGCACAAUGACAUCCAGACUGUCAAUGUUAAGUCACUGCCAACUGACUAUGACUUUCAUGAUGGUGACAGGCUCCCCCUCAUGGUCAAAGAUCUUGGUAGCUGUGAUCUCUAUCCUCAGAGUCUCGUGCAUGGACCCAAUGGACGUUUUGUUACAGCAUGUGGCGACGGUGAAUAUAUAAUUUAUACUGCCCUGGCAUGGCGUAACAAAUCUUUUGGCACUGCACUUGACUUCGGUUGGUCAGUAGACUCCUCAGAGUUCGCCGUGCGCGAGUCCCCAUCAAGGAUUAAAGUCUUCAACCAAUUUAAAGAAAAGAUCAGCUUUCGACCUCAUUUUGCUGUCGAGGGUCUCUUUGGUGGCUUCUUGUUGGGCUUGCGAUCAACGGAUUUCAUAUGUUUUUACGAUUGGGCGGAGUCACGCGUGAUACGCCGCAUCGACGUUUCUGUUAGAAAUCUGUGGUGGUCAGACAGCGGAGAGUUUGUCGCCAUUUCCAGCGAGUCGUCUUUUUUUGUUCUUAAAUAUAAUGCGGCGGCCACACUAGACGCCUUCGCGAAAGAUGUACUGGAUGAAGAGGGUGUGGAAGAUGCUUUUGAGCUUGUUGCAGAAAUUGGUGAGUCUGUACGCACUGGUGUUUGGGUUGGAGACUGCUUCAUAUAUAAUAACUCAGAGUGGCGCCUGAACUACUGUGUCGGCACUGAGGUCACGACCAUCUUUCACCUUGAUCGGCCAAUGUAUAUCCUUGGAUAUCUUGCUGCGCAGAACCGUGUAUAUCUUAUUGACAAGGAGUUCAAUGUUGUGUCGUAUACUUUGCUUCUCAGUCUCCUUGAAUACAAAACGUUAGUCUUGCGCGAGGAACUUGAAGCUGCCGAAGAUAUCCUUCCUACAAUUCCCACUGACCAACACAACACUAUUGCGCGGUUUCUCGAGUCCCGUAGUUUUGUCGCGGAUGCUUUGCGCGUGGCCACUGAUCCUGACUACAAGUUCGAUCUCGCUGUGCAGCUGGGAGAACUUCAUAUCGCUCGUAAUUUGGUUGACGAAGUGAACCCAGUAAAUGCUGAAAAAAAGUGGAAACUGCUUGGGGAGCUUUCCUUAUCAACUGGAGAUAUAUAUCUUGCGUCGACGUGCCUCGCAGCUUGUGGCGAUCUUUCUGGCCAGCUGCUUCUUUCGUCAGCCUAUGCUUCUCCCGAGUUCUUGGACCGAAUUUCUACUGCGGCAGUAAAAAAAGGCAAACACAAUGUGGCGUUCGUCUGCCUCUUUUUACUGAAUAAAGUUGACUCUUGCAUAGAUCUCUUGUGCAGCACGGGGCGCUUACCCGAGGCUGCUUUUAUGGCAAGGACGUAUGCCCCAUCCAAGGUAUCGGAUAUCGUGGCUCUGUGGAAGAAUGACCUCGCUCGAGUGAAUAAGAAGGCGGCUGAGGCGCUUGCCGAUCCUACUGAGUACAAGAACAUGUUCCCCAACUUCGAUUAUGCGCUCCAAGCUGAUAUGCUUAAUCGCAAGAUGUUCAACGAUGACGGCGAGCCUCCCCUGAACAAUUCUGGGUUCAAAGUUGCAGGUGUGGACUACAUUGCAGAGCUUGACGCGGGCGGCACGAAACGUUUAGUGGAAUCUGCAGCUUGCAGUGAUAAUGGAGUUUCCAGUAAAGAUGUUGAUCUAGAACCGGAGCUGCCAACGUUUGACCUUCCUGAGCGAAAUAGUGAAGGCGGCGGAGCAUUGAGUGAGGAUGCUGCUAAUGAAGAUUCUCAAGAAGAAGUUGAAGCUUCCUGAAACAAAUCUGAAGAAGAUUCCAAAGAGAAAGCCGGCAAAGCUUCCCAACACGAAAGUGAUGAAGCUUUUCAAGACGAACCAACACGGUGAGUUGGGUACACAGAAAACAUGAAAUUCGAAUCCUAAAUACAUCUUCUUGAUGCCCUAUUUACGUAUAUUAUCAUACCUUCGCCCGAACGAGUGUGGUUUGACACUUGCGUAGAGUUGAACUGUACAUGUAUGUACAUGUACAUGUACGUGUAAUAAAUAAGUUGUUUUAUUUAACGGAAGUACGAAGAUAAUAGUAGUGUACCUUCGAAGGUAGCGCAUACCGCAUAGUAUGCAGCAGGGAUAAUAACGUAUAAACGUACCUUCGUAUAUGUUGUAAUAUUACUGUAAAAAAUAUAAG